AUGCAGAGUAGCCUGCCCGUUCCCCCGACUUCGUCACACCUCUCUACGACAUCAUCUCCAGGUCCCCAGUCGACUCCAGACUCGGGAGCCUCCCCGUACGCCUUCUCCCCAGCAACGUCUCUAUCUGACUCUAUCGUCUUCACUCCAUCUUCCGCCGACACUCCGGCCUCCAUAUUGUCCCUGCCUCCACCGACGUCCGUACCAUGUGUCCCACCAGAUACUCUCUUCGCAGAAACCUACAGCCUGUUUCACCUCGACCUCCUCCGCCACUUCCAGGGCCCCCUCACAGAGGUCACUGUAUCAAGCCAGUCAGAGACGGAAAUCAUUCUUCACGUGACCUACACGCAAGCCUUGAAAGCACCCUACCUCAUGGACGAGCUCCUCGCCUUCGCCGCAGCCCACAAGAGCACUGUCUCUGACGACCCCGAGAUGAAAGUUCUCUAUCAGAAUGAAUCGACCCGCCUCCAGAGCCGCGCCAUUAGUCGGCUUGGAAUCACCAACGAAGAUGUCACCGAGGACAACUUCCUCGCCCUGUUUUCCUUUUCCAUCCUCCUGGGCCAACACGUCCUGUUCGACAUCUUUUCCAACGCCGCCUCACUGCCCGGUGUCCUGGACAAGUUAGUGAAUUGCUUGGAAUUGCACUCUGGCAUCAAAUUCAUCGUCGCCCAGUCCAUGGUAAGAUUCGGGAACAUGUUACGAGACUUGUUCCCUACAGACCCUGUCCACUUCCAAGUCGACGUCACCUCUUCGUCCCACGGCACCGAGUGUGCGGACCUUCUCCGGCGCCUCGAGGAAAGCGACAUGAGCGAGUCCACGAAGAAGGUGUACCUCGAAACCACCAAGAUCCUGCAGUAUCUCUUCGUCACGGUGCAUACAUCGGAAAGUCGUCGCUUUGUCGCCGUUCAAGAGUGGCCGGUCCGUAUAUCGCGGGAUUACAUAUCCCUGCUGCAGCAACGACGCCCCGAAGCGCUCGUCAUCAUGGGGUAUUACGCGGUCCUGUUGCAUCGGGCAAGGGACUACUGGGCCGUCGGAGACUCGGGGAGGUUUCUCGUCAAGACCAUCUCAAAUCACCUCGGGAGUUACUGGUCUGAGUGGUUGGAAUGGCCGAAUCAAGAACUUGAUACGCCAUGA